AUGAACGUGACUAGUCUGCUGAAUUUUGAGUCGAUGAAGUACAUCGGCGCUCAGACGCAGGCGGCGUCCAUAAAUCAUCACGUGGCCCAGGCUCUUCGGGUCUUCAUUGAGGAUUUUUACCAGCGAAUCGCCCCCGCCUUCAUUGUGGUCCUCUCCUGUCGGCGACCCAGUCCGAUGAAUUUCUACCGCAAUAUCAUGCAGCUGCUCUACGAGAGCGUGGAUACAAUGAUCAUCCAGUUGGUCCUGAUCGAGCUUAAUCGUCCUCGACGAAUCGAGGGACCAAGAACCCACAAUCUGCUGCUAGUGGACUCUCUGGAUGCGCUGCUGGACAUUGAAAUCCACACAUACACUGCGGAGUCAGACGGCAGCGAGUACUACUUCAUUUUCCUACAACAGAGGGACGCACUGAUUCCACAUGAUAUGCAGGGCGUGUUUGCGUACUGCUGGCGCCACCAGUUGAUUAACUGCAACGUCAUGACACAGAGUUCCGGUGGUCAGGUGCUCCUCCACACCUAUUUCCCUUAUGCGCCCGGCCAUUGCAACGACUCGCAUCCUACUCAGAUCAAUCAGUUCCUGGGUAAAUCCUGGCAACAUCAAGAUUACUUUCCCUCCAAGUUACACAAUCUCAAUGGGUGUCCUUUGCUGGUUUUAGCAAGGAGACUAGCUCCGUUUUUCGAAAUGGAUGAAAGUCAUCGGGAACUCCGAGGACUGGAAGGGCGCUUGUUGCAGGAAUUAUCCCACAGGAUGAACUUUAGCAUUCAGUUUACGGGAUUGCAGGAUCAGCGAAAGAAUCGCACAAUAUGGUCCGAAAAGCAACUGCUCCAGAAGUUGGUCCACGGACGUAUUGCCCACCUAGCGAUUGGUUAUGUGAGGAAGCGCAUCCAGUACUCGUCGAACCUAACUCCUGUAUUUCCCCACUACUCGAACCGGCUGGUGGGUUGUCUCCUACUUAACGCACACAAUCUGACCAGCAUGGAGAUAUGGUCGUUUCCCUUCCAGGCACUCACUUGGAUUUGCCUGUUGAUCUUCGCAAGUUGGCUAUUUUUUGGUCUGAUCGUUAGGUCCAUGUAUUCGGCUUUGCUGUUCCUUAUCCUGCGCUAUCAUCUACAUCAGCGAUUACCCGAAAGCCUACAAGAUCUGACCAAUGGUGGCUAUGCGGCAGUGAUGAGUCGGGCCACAUUGCAAGAUUUGAGGGAAGUGCCUAGUCUACACGAGAUUCUGGAAAUAAAAACCAUGAUUGUUAGCUCGGAAAGAGAGGAUGAAGUUCUCCGCCAGUUGGACCGAUGUUCCCUGCGAGAUGGAGCUGGCUCACAUCCUUUAUUCUUUGGACUACUGUCCGAGAAUGCAUUGCUUUAUUUAACCCAACGAGGCCAUCGAGCAGGAGCGUAUCACAUUAUACCCCAACACGUUUUAGAGCAACAGCUUGCCAUUUAUCUACAGAAGCACUCGCAUCUGGUGGGUCAUCUGGACCGCCUAGUCAUGUCCAUUCGAUCUGUGGGCCUGCUGCAUCACUGGGCUGGUCAGAUGGCCAGCGAGCGGUAUUUCCGUAGCCGAUUUCUCUACCGGGAGAAGCACAUCCAGUUGCCUGAUCUUUGGGCAAUAUAUCUACUAGCCGCAGGACUAUAUUUUCUUUCGUUGGUCGUCUUUAUCUGUGAACUGCUGGCCGCCAGACUUGCUGGAAAUACCGGAGUCUAAAUUAUAAUAACUAUUCAAAAUAUUUUAAAAAUAAAUUCCACUAAAAUACAAUUGAAAAGAACAAUCGAAAAUGUUUACUUAUUUAAGGGAAAUUAACAAACGGGUUUUAUAAAACUUAUAAUAAAACACAACUACAGAAACUUAGGGACUUGCAGUUUUUGGUUAAAAAAAAA